UGGCUCGAUGCCGCUUGCUCCUGGAAACGGUGCCGCUGCUCGAGUACUUCUCGACACUUUCCCUCAUUUUCAAUGGAGAACACUGCGAUUUUGGAAUUCGCUCCAUAUUUUUGAACUGUGGUUUUUCUUCUCAUUACAGCGUUUUUUUCGAAGACAGUGGAAGUUCGCUUCCGUAUCAUUAAUCUGUUUUGCCUGUCUUCUCAAUAAGACUCAAAAUGUUCAGAAUUUCCUAGGUCGGACAGCCAGCGACUUUUGAGUUGCCUCAAACUUUCACAAAGGAAAAAAGGGUUUGUUUCGGAUUUAGAAAUAGAGGAGAGGACACAAAAGUCAUGGAGUCGUCCAAAUCAGGUGGUGUCAUAUCGUACAUCACUUCCUCCAGCCCAGAGUCCUGCCACAGUGACUCCUCAAAUGGCAGCUACCAGUCAUCGUCCCCACCCCGACAACCGUCGCUGAGCCAAAGCAGGUCACGACCUGCCGGAACCCAAAAAAAGUCACGAUCGUCCUCCUCCACAAAAUGUGGAAUCACAAAAAUCGAGGGUCUGGUGCUGCUGUGCAAAGUGUGUGGCGAUGUGGCUUCUGGUUUCCACUACGGUGUCCAUGCGUGUGAAGGCUGCAAGGGCUUCUUCAGAAGGAGCAUCCAACAAAACAUCCAGUACAAGAAAUGCCUUAAAAAUGAGAGCUGUCCUAUUAUGAGGGUCAAUCGUAACCGCUGCCAGCAAUGCCGCUUCAAGAAGUGUCUGUCGGUUGGGAUGUCCAGAGACUCGGUACGGUUCGGUCGCAUCCCCAAGCGUGAGAAACAGCGAAUGCUGCAGGAAAUGCAGAGUGCAAUGAACAACAUGAUGAACAACAGGCAGACUCAGUCCACCGCCAUGGAUUCUACCUCAGAGCCUGCGGAACCUGUCUCCUCUUUCACUCCUUCCUCUUCACCACACUCCAACCAGUCAGAAUCCAGUUCUGACCCCGAUUCCACUAAUGCUAUGGACGCAAGCCCAAGCUCAGCAUCAGACAGUGGUGCAGAGGAGGUCAUUGGUUCCGUGACCCGAGUUCACCAGGAGACCUUCAUGUACAACCAGGAGCAGAGUGCAGAAGCCCUGUCCUCGCCAGGGCCAAAGAGUGUUGUAGAGCAGCACAUGGGAGUGGAGCAGCAGGCUUGGAACCACUACAACAACACCUCCUCCAUCCUUACCUCUCAGGGACUGGAGAACACUGCCAGUAGCCACUGUCCCUCCCACACUCAUGGACCUUGUCCAGCCACAUCUACAGAAGCUCCAACCCACGCAACCCCCAUUGGUGCAGUGUGGGGGGGCAACAGGGCCCAUCUGGUCUGUCCAAUGAACUCGUCUCCUCACGUGGACAUGCAGAAGUCUGGUCAUGAGGUGUGGGAGCAGUUCUCACAGAGCUUCACUCCUGCAGUGCGAGAGGUGGUUGAGUUUGCCAAAAAGAUUCCUGGAUUCAGAGAUCUGUCCCAACACGACCAGGUCAGCCUGCUGAAGGCUGGAACCUUUGAGGUGCUGGUGGUUCGCUUUGCCUCUUUGUUUGAUGUGAAAGAGCGGACAGUAACCUUCCUCGGUGGAGGGAAGUACAGCAAAGAGAGUCUCAGAGCGAUGGGUGCCAGUGACCUUCUGAAUUCCAUGUUUGAGUUCAGUGAGAAGCUGAUGAAUCUGGGACUGAGUGAGGAGGAGAUGAGCCUCUUCACAGCGGUGGUUCUGGUCUCUGCAGAUCGCUCUGGCAUUGAGAAUGUGAAUUCAGUGGAGGCACUUCAAGAGACUCUGAUCCGGGCCAUGCGGAGCCUCAUCACCAGGAACCACCACAAUGACUCUGCAGUGUUUACGAAGCUGUUGCUGAAACUGGCAGACCUGCGCUCGCUCAACAACAUGCAUUCUGAGCAGCUGCUGGCAUUCAAGGUCCAUUCCUGAUCGGACUCCAGUCCUGUAAAUAGACAUGAUGCCAGUGAGUGGGAUGCCCUGAACCACUCUCCCACCUCUUGCUCACUCACAACUUUCCUCAUCAUGGCGUUGGGCUUCUUGAAAAGAAGGACAAAGAAUCUUGAAACGUUCCAGUACUGAAAAAAUAUAUAUAAUUCAUGUCUUUCAGCGUAUAUUUACAGAUUUAGCAUUUAGCUCCAUGAAAAGCACUUGUCCGUAGGUUAGCUAGCUCUUUUUACAUAGAAGUGCAAUAUGCUGAGCAGUUUCUCUUUGUGACACAUGAAUGAAUGUGACAGUCAAACUGACCUAUUAUCAUCAUGGAGACUCCCAAGGAAAUGUUGCAGUAUAACUCUGUGUUGACUGUCGUUGCUUGUUGCAGAAAAAUGCUCUUUUAUUAUGCUUCUUAAAUACAUAAAUAUUUGCCGAAAUCAUAUAUAUAUAUAUUCAGUGUGAAUGUCUCAGCAGAAGUGCGCGCAUGCAUCAGAGUGUGCAUGUGGGUGUUAGUUGAUAAUUAUGUCAUACUUUUCACCCAAGAAUACUUCAAUAAACCAUUUCAGUGUAAGAUGAAACUCGUAUCAUCUCAUCCACAGGACUUUCACCUUAUACAUUUGGUACACAAAGUACUUUCAUGUAAAAAGUCAUCAGUUUACGAAGGGUUUUCUUUUUAAAAAGAAAGGAACUAUAUACAAUUCUAAUGUGUUCAAAAGUUGACUGGCUGAAGUCGACCCGGUGGUUUUCAACAUACUCAAAUGGUUUUGUGUCUUCUAUUGCAGUUUUGCAAUUAGCAACAGAUUAACAUGCUUUGACCCCUAAUGGACUAUUUCUGUGAUCGCUGUGAUCUGGACCUGUUGAUUUUUAACAUACUGUAGAUACCGUCUGACUCCAUGGAUGUCCCUUAAAAAUAAACAGGAAGUUAGGGUUCAUAGCGUCAUCACCACAUCCAUUAGUUAGAGCCUGAGUUUGUCCACAUCAUAUUUCAAUUCAGAUUUCUGCUUUGGAAAAGAAAAUGUACUGGAAUUGAUCUUGACAGCAAACAGUGGUGCGAAUGUAGAUUAAAAAACAUAGUGUGUUGGCAUGUGUGUCUGAGUAUCAGACAGACAGACCACUUUAUUCAUCCCUUUGGGGGGUUCCCUCUGGGAAACUGAGGCUCUGAGUCACUGACUGCACUGUUGUGUGAUCUGGGAGAGCAGAAAGGAAAAACAAAACAAAACACAGAUCACCCUGGAAUACAACCAGUAAGAGGCUGUGGAGCCACAAGAACAGGUAAUCACUGCACACUUACUGUCUCAACUGCUCUCACCUGAGUCUAUGGAAAAGCUGUGGACUAUUUUCCAUUUGUCACAUGUGCAGCACUCAGUUCACAUCUUCUGAUCUUUGGUUUGCCACCAACUCCUGCUUACUCUCUGUUGUGGAAUCUGGGCCAACUUGCCUUCCCCCAUCUUCACAGAAGCCCCCUUCUCCCUCUCUCUGGCAUUCUUUCUAGUCAAAGCACUCUGUCGUUGCUCAAGUUAAGAUGUCGAAAUGGAGUACCUAUUUUCCCAAAUACAAUUUCUUCAUGUACGACAUCACUCCAGAGAGUGCUGGUCUUGGCCAAGCCGUUCAUUUUCAAGCGAUGGGCUGAUUCAUGAUGCAGUGUCAGUAUUUUCAGAGCCCACCAGAUGGCACUCUCUGCGUUCAAUUCUUUAGAGCCUUUUCAAUGACGUCAUUUUUCAACCAAAAGCGGCACCUUUUGAGCGUUCAUAACUAGAACGUUGAUGAAGCCUCAUCAGCCCCACAUUAAUUAUCAUCCGUAUAGCAAUUUUAGUGAUUUAGU